AUGCCCAAGAUCUGUUAUUCUGCUCCACCAUGUGCCAUUUGUGGUAAAAUUGUGGCCAGUUCUCGGCUGCAAAAUCAUGUUCUGCAGCAUAAAAGGAAAUUUCCAUGUGGAAUUUGUGGAAAAAUGCUCCAUAAUUAUCAGAUGUACAGUCAUCUUGCUACACAUCAAACUAAAACCAGGAAACAUAGAUGUGAAGUUUGUAGUAAAAAAUUUAUCACAAAAACUGCUUUGACUGUACAUAAUAAGGUACAUUAUGAUGAAAAACCUUUGGCAUGUGAUGUUUGUAGUAAGUCAUUUUCUUCCAGUAGUAAUUUAACGAGACAUAUGAGGAUACAUGCUAAGAUUGAUCUUCCCUUUAAAUGUGAUUUUUGUAGUAAAAGUUAUUAUACAAACAGUGAAUUAAUAAGUCAUAUGAGGACACAUACUGGAGAGAAACCUUUUCACUGUGAUUUGUGUAGUAAAUCUUUUAGUAGAAAACAAGAUUUAAAGUCACACAGGCGAACACAUACUGGAGUAAAACCAUAUCAAUGUGAUAUUUGCUUCAAAUCAUUUUCCAGAAGACAGCAGGUAACUGAGCAUACUUUGACCCAUACUAGAGAGAAACCCUUCAAAUGUGAUGUUUGUGGUAAAGCAUUUACCUCCAAGAAGAAUCGUUUAAGGCAUUCAAAAAUACACACUGGGCACAAAUUUUACCAAUGUGAAUUAUGCAAUAAUUCUUUUGACUAUAAGAUUCACCUAACAGACCACUUAACAUGUCAUGAAGCUGAAAAAAUGCACAAAUGUGAUGUUUGUAAAAAAUAUUUUACUACAAGCCUUGAAUUAUUGAAACACCUGAAAAGUCAUGGCAAAGAGGGAGUUAAUAUUCAUAAAAUGUUGCCAAGUAAAAGCCAGUUGUUUCCCCCUUGUGGUGUGUGUGGAAAAAUCUUUCCUAAAAGUGAACUUGCUGCACAUGUAGAAACACAUUUCAAAGGGAAAAAAAAGGAAAGUAAAUUUGCUGGUGACAAAGUUUUAUCUCAGACUGGAGAGAAACCUUUCAAGUGUAUGUAUUGUGGAACUUCAUGUAAAACCAUGCGAUAUUUAAAAGCCCAUCUACAACGACACGCAGUAAACAAACCUUUUAAAUGUGAUGUUUGUGAUAGAUCUUUUGUUAAAAACAGUGAACUGAAAAGACACUUGAGAUCUCAUACUGGAGGAAAACCUUUUAAAUGUGAUGAAUGCAAUAAAUCAUUUACAACAUUACAUUAUCUAAACUGUCAUAUUGCAACACAUUCAUCAGGACAGAGAUCAAAUAGACCCUUAUAUUGUGAUAUUUGUAAUGAAACGUUUGUUAAAGAGAAAGAUUUUGAAAGACAUUGCUGGACACAUUCACUGAACUUGGCUGUAAAUAAUUUACUACAAACUGGUUUUAAUAAGAUACAUCAGGAGAAAUAG